CCCCGUACUCCUCGCCUACCCCUAGUCCUACACAGUUGAACGGAAUGGUUGAUCCAAAAAAAAAUAAUGAACAGGGGCAGGUGAUUUGCAAGACCGAAGAAACGGAAGUGAAAUGGACUUGUCCUCCGAUCCGUAACGUCACCCAUCCGCUGCGCUACUACGAGUUCACGCCAGAAGAAAUGAAAGCGCUGGAAGAGUGCGACAAAGAGAGCUUCUACCAGCGCUGCCUACCUUUCAGCACGUUGUUCGCCGCGCUCACUUACGCCGGCAUACGACACGGGUGCCUUAGAAGACAUCCUCAUUUCGGCGCGUUCCCCAAAGUAGCGAUCGCUGCCUUGCUUGGCCACUCUGUCGGGAGGUUGAGCUACAUCCCGGAAUGUGAACUCAAACUGCGAGAACUGCCCAACGAUAGCCAUUUGGGAAACACCAUGCGAAAAUAUUUCAAAGAGAGAAAUCCACCGAAAAACCUAAAGUAACAGAUUCUUUUGUGGCCCCCAUAAAUAACCAAUCAAUAAUUUCAUUGCGAAUUAUGGCUUAAACCUAGUGGCCCUAAACCCUACAGUCUUCCACCUCAUGACGAGCAAUAUUUUAAAAUAAAUGUUCCUUUUUA